AGCGAAUCAGAAGACAAACGGCCGACGGUGGCCGACUGUGCUCUUGUCUCAUAGUACUACGCUGCGCGUUCUCAGAAGGAUGCGCCUGCGCAUUGUGCUGGUCUCCAUGGCAGGGCCUCGGAGCCAAGACGAGAAAAAAUGCUGCUGUGAAGACAUAAUUAUAGCUCUCACACAAAUGAAGCCUAUCAUGAUUUAGUGGCCCCGAAAGGAAGAACUUCAGUGGACAAGAGAGGGCAUUUCUGGCAAUAGUAGAAUGCUUGAGGCCUGAGUUUAAACUUGAGCAACUGCCUGAAGCUAUUAAAUAAUAAAAGAAAAUGGAAUUGAAUAUAUCAGCAUGGAACAGUCUAAUGAUUCAUUAAGAGUCAACCAUAAUGAUUCUGAAGAAUCAAAAACAGAUUCUCAGGUAUUUGAGCAUCUAACCUGUAUGGACUCCAGGGAUCCUUCCUUUGGACAAAAUGGUUCUCCUAGAAUUUUACCCAUCACCUCUCAUGAAGUAGAUAAUUCACUCACAUCACAGAAUAUACCAGGGACCCUGACUCAGACACAGACUCUUUCUACAGAACAAUUCCAUCUAGUGGACCAAAAUGGGCAGCCUAUUCAAUAUGAACUUCAGUCAUUGGGGGAUUCUAAUGCACAAAUGAUGAUUGUUCCUAGCCCAUCAGAAAAUGGACAGGUGCUGCGUGUAAUUCCAUCUACCCAGACAGGAAUGGCACAAGUAAUUAUUCCUCAGGGGCAGCUUGUGGAUGUGAAUAGCCCUCAGGAUGUCUCUGAAGAGAAACCCGGUGACAGAAACUUACCAACCAUAAGAGUGGAUGUUCUAGCAGACAAUACCAGUAAUUAUACUCUUCAUCCACAAGCAUCCCUCACAUUGCCCAAAAAGACCGUGGCCAGAAUGCUUGAAGAGCCCUUUCUGGCUCCUCUCCAGCCACUUUCUUCUAACACACCUAUGUGGGCUUGCCGUCUUAGGAGCUGUGAGAAAAUUGGAGAUUCUUACCGUGGCUACUGUAUAAGUGAGACUGAAUUAGAAAGUGUCCUAACAUUUCACAAGCAGCAAACUCAGAGUGUUUGGGGGACCCGCCAAUCUCCAAGUCCAGCCAAGCCAGCUACACGCUUGAUGUGGAAAUCUCAAUAUGUUCCAUAUGACGGAAUCCCAUUUGUCAAUGCAGGUUUCAGUUGCCUGUUCUCAACCUCAGUCUGGAAGCAGAUGAUCCUCCUGACGUUUUGUCAGAAGGUCAGUAGUAGCCUAAUGCUACAUCACAAUGCCUACGUCAUUCACCUCACUUCAUCUCAUCACAUAGGCAUUUUAUCAUCUCACAUCAUCACAAGAAGAAGAAGGUGUCCAGAACAGAUGGAUACUUCAAUUAAUAUCAAUAGUUGGUUUUGGCCUACAGGGAGUAGAGCCGUGGUAAUGGAGUGUCAGUAUGGGCCAAGGAGAAAAGGUUUCCAGUUAAAAAAAAUCAGUGAACAGGAAAGCAGGUCUUGUCAGCUCUACAAAGCCACUUGUCCAGCCCGGAUUUACAUUAAAAAGGUACAGAAGUUUCCUGAAUAUAGAGUUCCUACAGACCCCAAAAUUGACAAGAAAAUAAUCCGAAUGGAGCAGGAAAAAGCCUUUAACAUGCUAAAGAAGAAUUUGGUAGAUGCUGGUGGUGUUCUUAGAUGGUAUGUACAGUUACCUACAAAGCAAGCUCAUCAGUAUCACGAGUUAGAAACUUCCUGCCUUGCUUUGUCACCUUCCCCUUUUCCUGUGCCUUCUCUUGAAGAAGAGGAAACUGCAAUUAGGGAUGAAAAUUGCGCAUUACCCUCACGUCUACAUCCUCAAGUAGCACAUAAGAUUCAAGAAUUAGUGUCACAAGGAAUAGAACAAGUGUAUGCAGUAAGGAAACAGCUAAGAAAAUUUGUGGAAAGAGAACUAUUUAAACCUGAUGAGGUGCCUGAAAGACAUAACUUAUCCUUUUUUCCAACUGUAAAUGAUAUUAAAAAUCACAUCCAUGAGGUACAGAAAGCCUUGAGAAAUGGAGAUAAUGUGUAUAACUCAGAUAUUAUUCCAGCAACGCUUCAGUGGACUACAGAUAAUGGGCAUAUUCUCAGAGAGACUGUGACAGUUACAUUUGCAGAAGGAAAUUCACCAGGAGAAUCAAUUAGCACCAAAGUAGAAACAAAUCAGACAAGGGGUUCUUUGUCUCCAGAGCCAGCCCACUUGCUCUCUUCACUUUCCUCAUUUCAGCCAAAAGUAUUUACUCAACUGCAGGGUUUGCAGUUGCAACCAAGAUUCACUUCUCCUGAUGGAUCACCGACUCUGAUAUCAGUAAAUAACCACCCUUCCUCCAGUCCUUCAAGACUUCUGGACUCAUUAGAAAGUACUGUAAUGAAUAAUAAUUCUCUACUGCUUGGUCAAAGUCAUAGCCUUCAAACAGAUACAUGCCUGACCCCAAACAAUAGCAUUAUUACCUCUACCAUGGGUAACCUUCCAGGACCAGAUCAAAAUCUAGCUGCAAUGGACCAGCUGGUGCAAGUUGGAGAUGUUGAGGAUACAGAGAAUAUGGAAGGAAGUGUUCAUCGGAUUCUGUUGGGAAAUGUGCAAACCAUCCCAAUACAAAUUAUAGAUAACCACCCAGCUAUUAUUGGAGAAAAUCCAGAAGGUACCGUUUCUGUGAACCAAGUUAAGCAAGAACCCAAAGAACCAGCAUUGUCUAUGGAAGCAAAAAAAAAUUUGGACUGUUAUUUUGGAGGUAUUUUAAAGGAGCCAGCAUUUGACGGUCAUGGAGGUCUUAUCAAAAUCUGGUCACCUUGGAAACAGCAUGCUUUUCUGAGGCCCUUUGAGCCUCCUACACAGGGUCUCUCCAAUAACAGUGGUAAGGAGGAUACAUUGAUAGGAUGCUGAAAUGGCCUUCUAAAAGCAGAGCUUCAGCAUUAACUCAGAGGCAGCAUUCUGAAAGGGUGGAUACCAUCCAUGAAGAGGUAAUAUAUGCAUAAAUCAGAGACCUCUGUAUAGUGCUGUGUUUCCAACAGGAAGAAUACAUAGGUCCAGUAACCAUGGGACAGAAGCAGGAGUAGCCCCAUUUACCUUAAUUUCCAGUGACACACUGGGAGAUUUUGUUUCCCAUCCUUUUAAUUCUGGGCUCUGUAGGUUUGGAGGUCCUGGUCCCCAAAGCGAGCAUACUCUUGCCAGGGGGAACACAAAGUUUUUAUUCAACUAUAAGGUAAGGCUGCUGUCAGUGCACUUUAAAGUCCUUGUAUCCCAGGCACCAACAGGUAAGAAGAGGCAUCAGCAUACUGGCAGGAGUGAUCAACCCAGAUCAGCAGAAGGACUUAGAGCAGGGGGACUACAUGUGGAGCCUAGAUGAUCCAUUUGGACACCUUUUGGUCCUCCUGUGCCCCAUUGUAACUGUGAAUGGAUGCAUGCAGCAGUGUCUGCACAAGAACAAAAUGGUCACUCAGUCCUCUCAGGAAUUAAAGUUUGAGUCAUAACACCAGCAAGGCUCCAAGACCUGGUGAGGUAAUACCUGAGGGUGAGGGAAUUUAGAAUAACUCCUGGAAAUGGGAGAGCAUGAAUACCAGUUUUAGCUCCAGAGAUCAACUGCAGCAUCAGAGGUUCCUUCUGAGCAUCAGAGGUUCCUUCAUUUCAGGAAGAUGGGCCAGAAGAACUAUGGGAGACUGGCAGUCUGACCUGUGGGGAGAGAUAAAUCUAUUCAGCAUAAGAGGUAGGCCAUGGCAGCAAUGAAAAUGAGCCCUCAGAGCUCCUGCUGCAGAUGGAGUGAUUAAUAAGUGGCCCCAGCUGCUGCUCUGGAUCUAUCAUGGUGCCUGUGCAGAAGCUAUGCUUCUCACAGGCUGCUCUCAGCCAAUGACUGGGCAUGGCAAAGGUACUAAGAUGGUCCCACUUCUGUGAGGAGGACUCUGAUGGGUAACAUGACUUGAGUUUUCCCCAUCAGCCUUGUAGACUUUACGCAAUACUAAUGGGGCCCGUGCAUUGAAAAACUCAAAUUAGACCCCCAAAACCUCAUAGAUAUCUUAUCUUUGUCCUUCCUCCUCAGACACACUGCUAAGAUCUGUCAAAGUAGUAUUCUCCUUACUAUAAUAAGCAAAAAACGUAGCUUUGCUUUUUCAACAGGUUAUUUGGUGGUAUUAUUAGGCAGAUAGCAUUCAACAGAUGAAAAGGAGCCAUCAUUCAGAAAGCAGAGAGAAGAUCUUCACAGAAAUCACUGUGUGGAAGCUUAAACGAGCCUGUGCAGAGAGACCACAUUUAACAGUCCAAUGAAGUUCCAAGUCAACAGGCAGCAUCAACCACAGACAUGUAAGUGAAGAUGUCUUCAGAUUAUUUCAGCCCUCAGCCAUUGAGUCACUCCCAGCCUUUGAGUCUCCCAGCUGAAGCCCCAGACACUGUGGAGUAGAUACUAAUCAUCUCUUCUUUGCUCUACCCAAAUCCCUGGUCCAUAGAGUCUGUGAACAUAAUAAAAUUUUUGUUUUAUGCCACUAAGUUUUACUAAGUAUUGUUUAAUGCAUAGCAUAAUUUUAUUUUGUUAAAAACAUAUACUUGCAUCAUUGAAUAAAUUUAGAAAAAUGGGGAAAAUACACAUAACUGAGUUGUCAUGGUUAUCUCUGGAUCAUGCAUAUUUACAAAUAAUGACACAAAGUUAACUGAAAAGAAGAGAAAUUUCAUUCAAAUUUAAAGAUACCUGAGGAUCUUUCCAAAUAUUUGUUUUUUAUUAAAUUUGUUUAAACAAAACAAUAGCAACAGUUCAUCUAUUUCUUCCACCCUCCAACCCCUGCCUCUGGCAACCACCAAUCUGUUCUCUGUAUCUAUGAACUUGGAUUCUAUUUAUUAAAAAAAAAAAAAAAAAGAGAGAGAUCAUACAGUGUUUGCCUUUCUCUUUCUUAUUUCACUGAGCAUAAUGCCUUCAAGGGGCACCACAAGGUCUUAAGAUGAUUUGUUGUGUAAGAAUUGUGGAAUAAAAAGACUAUGGGAACAUUUAAAAAAAAAAGUUGUGAUAGAUGCAACCUAACAGUUUUUAGUGUCUGGAAAUACUGAUACUAUAAGAGAACCAAACAAACUAUGCUCAGUCACCUGAUGAAGUUGGGAAUAGGGUAGUGUUCAGACUACACAUUGUUCUCCCCAAAUCCAUUUUCCAUAGUAUUACCUAGGUAUAUGGACUCCUAGUGAGAAAUAGAAUUUUCCAGUAUCCUUUCUAGCUAGAUGUAGGUGUUGACUAAAGUCUUGCUCAUGGAAUUUGAGAAGUGAGUGCCACUUCUAUGUAACCAAAAGGAAAUGGUCCUUCAUUUCCACUUUUUCUUCCUUCCUGUAAGCUGGUUGAUAAGGACAAUAUCCUGUGAGUUCAAAGAGCAAUGAGAAGGGGAGAACUGGGGCCCUUGAAUCUCAUUGUGGGAUCGAGGUGCGCUACCUACCUUAAGACUCUUAGAAAGAUUUAAAAUUCCCAUCUUAUUUAAUCCACUGCAUUUUACAUCUAUAUUACAUUAAACUCUCCCUCCACCCCUUAACUUACACAGGUAGUUAAGAAUAGGAGGGGAGAGACCAAAAGAUAAUAGGAUUUGUACGAGCACAGCCUAGGAAGUUGGUAAUGUUGGAAAUUAUCAAGAUACCACUUUAAAUCAAAAUCUGUAAAGGGUGGAUCAGGAAUCUAAAAAGGAAAGGAAGUUGCUGUCUUUAAUCAUAUGUUCACUCAUUUGGUCAGUUAUUGGUCACUUAAGUAUCUGGAAUUUAUACUCCCUUCCAUAACCUCUCUUGUUUUUAAUAGCUAUUACAACAUUCUGAUGAGAAAUAAAAUUUAUAAUGCCUAAAUUAUUACAUAAAUGCCUAUUUUGGCUUUUAGCAUUUUUUGCCUUUUUUUACCAUAUCCUAGUCAAGUAAAAUAACUGCACCUUUCUUUCUUUCUCUCUCUGCAAUGAUAAACUAUACAUAAGGUAAAGUUUACCAUUUUAACUAUUUUUAAGUGUACAGUUCUUUGCCAUUCAGUACAUUCACACUGUGUGCAACCAUCUCCAGAACUAUUAUCCGUCUCCAGAACUUUUUCUUCAUCUCUAACGUUAACUCUAUAACCAUUAAAUAAUAACUCCCCAUCGUACACUGCCCUAAGUGGUUCUCUUUUUUGUAAUACCCACUAAAACAUCAGAAAGCUUUUAAUGAGACUGAGUGGAUAACUGCAAACAAUAAGAUAUAAUUGGGAAAGUGGGCAUUUGAUGUUAGUUUUUUUUUU